GCGGCGACAGGGUGGUGGCCGCCCGCCCUGGCGGGACUAAGUAUGGGUCUCGAACUAGAGUCCCCCCGGAAAGGGCCUAUAUCAAGGUCUGUGCUGAACAUAUGCAUAUGAAUAUGCAGAAUGGUGUUGAAAUGGCACAACCAUCUUUUGAUGGCAACACAUCGCCAGUCUUCAGAUGGGGAAACUGAGGCCCAGUGUGGCUAAGUGACUUGCUUGAGUUGACACAGGGAGCGCCCAGAUUCAACCCCCAGCCAAGCCAGCUGUCAAGAUCAUGCCUCUGGGCCAUUGGGGCUCCACCUCCAGGGGCAGCAAGCCCAAUGGGGACGAAGCUCAGCUCACAGCCAUCACAGGAGGCCUGAAGGUGCUCCUGCACUGGGCUGGUCCUGGCGGCGGGGAGCCCUGGGUCACUUUCAGCGAGGCCACACUGACUGCAGAGGAGGUCUGCAUUCACAUCGCACACAAAGUCGGCAUCACUCCACCCUGCUUCAAUCUCUUUGCCCUCUUUGAUGCCCAGGCCCAAGUCUGGCUGCCCCCAAACCACAUUCUGGAGGUCUCCAGAGACACAAACUUGACGCUAUACUUUCGCAUGAGGUUUUAUUUCCGGAACUGGCAUGGCACAAAUUCUCAGGAGCCAGCUGUGUGCCGCUGCAGGCCCCCAGGGGCCGAGGCUUCGUCAGAACAGGCAGAGCAUGGGGUGCAACUCCUGGACCCAGCCUCCUUUGAGUACCUCUUUGAGCAGGGCAAGCAUGAGUUUGUGAAUGAUGUGGCAUCGCUGUGGGAGCUGUCGAGUGAGGAGGAGAUCCACCACUUUAAGAAUGAGAGCCUGGGCAUGGCCUUUCUGCAUCUCUGCCACCUUGCUCUCUGCCGCGGUGUUCCCCUGGAGAAGGUGGCCAAGAAGAUCAGCUUCAAGGACUGUAUCCCACGCUCCUUCCGGCAGCAGAUCCGGCAAUACAAUGGGUUCACACGACUGCGCCUUCGAAUCAUCUUCCGCAGGUUCCUGCAGGCCUUCCAACCAGGCCGCCUUUCCCAGCAGGUCAUCAUGCUCAAGUACCUGGCCACACUUGAGCGGCUGGCACCCCGCUUCGGCACUGAGUGUGUGCCUGUGUGUCACCUAGAGCUGCUAGCCCAAGCCGAGGGGGAGCCUUGCUAUAUCUGGGACAGUGGGCAGGCCCCUGGAGACCCCAAGCCCAAGUCUGCAGUCAAGCCCCCCACCCAUGAGGUGCUAGUGAGUGGAACUGGUGGCAUCCAGUGGCGGCCAAUACAGACAGAGGGUCCCAGUGGUGGUGACGGUGGCAGCAGCAGGGAUCCUCAUCCUGGCUUAUCCAGGAAGAAAGCCAAGGCCCAACAGUUGGGCAGCCAACCCAUGGACAGGCCGCGGGAGGCACCAUGGGCCUACUUCUGUGACUUCCAGGACAUCACCCAUGUGGUACUGAGAGAACACCGUGUCAGCAUCCACUCUCAGGACAAAUGCCUGGAGCUGACCCUGCCUUCCCGGGCCAUCGCUCUGUCCUUGGUGUCACUAGUGGAUGGCUAUUUCCGCCUGACGGCUGACUCGAACCACUACUUGUGCCAUGAGGUGGCUCCUCCACGCCUGGUAAUGAGUAUCCAGGACGGUGUCCAUGGACCCCUGCUGGAGCCAUUUGUGCUGGCCAAGCUGCAGCCGGAGGAUGGCCUCUAUCUCAUCCACUGGAGCACUAGCCACUUCAACCGCCUUAUCCUCACAGUGGCCCAGCGGGGCCAGGCACCUGACACGCAGUGUUUGCGCCUGUGGAAGUUCCCCAUUGAGCUGUGUGCGGGGACCUUCAGGCUGCAGAGCUGGGACCGGUCCUUCCCCAGCGUGCGGGAGCUGCGGGCUGCCCUGCAGGGCUGCUCACUGCAGGCUGGUGACAACUGCUUCUCCCUGCGCCACUGCUGCCUGCCGCAGCCAGGAGAGAGCUCCAACCUUAUCGUCAUGCGGGGGCCUCAGGCCAGCACCAGGUCUCUCAAUCUCAGCCAGCUCAGCUUCCACCGGGUCUGCCAGGAUGACAUCACCCAGCUGUCCCACUUGGGCCAGGGCACAAGGACCAAUGUGUAUGAGGGCCUCUUGCGAGUUGGGGGCGGAUGCCCUGAGGAGGACAAGGCAGAUUGUGAGGAUACCACCUUGCUUGGUGGGGACCAUGGGCAGGAGCUGCGUGUCGUGCUGAAGAUGUUAGACCCCAGUCACCAUGACAUUGCCCUGGCCUUUUACGAGACAGCCAGCCUUAUGAGCCAGGUAUCCCACAUGCACCUGACCUUCGUCCACGGUAUCUGUGUGCACGGCUCUAAAAAUAUCAUGGUGACAGAGUAUGUGGAGCAUGGACCCCUGGACACGUGGCUGCGGCGGGAGAGGGGCCAUGUGCCUGUGGCCUGGAAGGUGGCAGUGGCCCAGCAGCUGGCCAGUGCCCUCAGCUACCUGGAGGACAAGCACCUGGUUCAUGGUAACGUGUGUGGCCGGAACAUCCUGCUGGCACGUCUGGGGCUGGCAGAGGGCACCAGCCCAUUCAUCAAACUGAGUGACCCCGGUGUGGGCCUGGGUGCCCUCUCCAGGGAGGAGCGGGUAGAGCGGAUCCCUUGGAUGGCCCCUGAGUGCCUGUCUGGCGGAGCCAACAGCCUAAGCACCGCCGCUGACAAGUGGGGCUUUGGUGCCACCCUCCUGGAGAUCUGCUUCGAUGGGGAGGCCCCCCUGCAGGACCGCGGCCCCUCGGAGAAAGAGUACUUCUACCAGAAGCGGCACCGAUUGCCUGAACCCUCAUGCCCGGAGCUCGCCACACUCACCAGCCAGUGCCUGACCUAUGAGCUGGCCCAGCGGCCCUCCUUCCGCACCAUCCUUCGUGACCUCACUCACCUUCAGCCCCAAAAUCUUGUUGAAGUCCUGUAUGUGAACCCAACCUUGCCAGCAUCAGACCCCACUGUUUUCCACAAGCGCUAUUUGAAAAAGAUCCGGGAUCUGGGUGAGGGUCACUUCGGCAAGGUCAGCCUGUACUGCUAUGACCCGACCAACGAAGGCACUGGUGAGAUGGUGGCAGUGAAAGCUCUCAAGGUGGGCUGCGGCCCUCAGCUCUACACUGGCUGGAGGCAGGAGAUCGACAUCCUGCGCACGCUCUACCAUGAGCACAUCGUUAAGUACAAGGGCUGCUGUGAGGACCAAGGUGAGAAAUCGAUUCAGCUUGUCAUGGAGUAUGUACCUCUGGGCAGCCUCCGAGACUACCUGCCCCGGCAUAGCGUAGGUCUGGCCCAGCUGCUGCUGUUUGCCCAGCAGAUCUGCGAGGGAAUGGCCUACCUGCAUGCACAGCACUAUGUCCACCGAGACCUAGCUGCCCGCAACGUGCUGCUGGACAACGACAGGCUGGUCAAGAUUGGGGACUUUGGCCUAGCCAAGGCCGUGCCUGAAGGCCACGAGUACUACCGAGUGCGCGAGGAUGGGGACAGCCCUGUGUUCUGGUAUGCUCCCGAGUGUCUGAAGGAGUAUAAAUUCUAUUAUGCAUCCGAUGUCUGGUCCUUUGGUGUCACCAUGUAUGAACUGCUGACCUACUGUGACUCCAGGCAAAGCCCCCCGUCGAAAUUCAUCGAGCUCAUAGGCCUCACCCAGGGGCAGAUGACAGUACUGAGGCUCACUGAGCUGCUGGAACGAGGGGAGAGGCUGCCACGGCCAGAGAAAUGUCCCCAUGAAAUCUAUCUACUCAUGAAGAACUGCUGGGAGGCAGAGGCCUCAUUUCGCCCAACCUUCCAGAACCUCAUACCCAUCCUGAAAACGGUCCACGAGAAAUACCAGGGCCAGGCCCCAUCGGUGUUCAGUGUCUGCUGAAGCCUACCAGCGGCUCU